GACGACCAUUGCAAGGGCAGAGGCACCCUAUAAAAGCUAGAAAUCAAGAAGAGAAUUCUAGAGAGAGAAGGAAAAUGCGAGCGUAAAUGGCCUUCACCGGUAUCUAGGGUUUUUCAGUGUUCCGAUUCGAUGUUUUUGGUUUUCCUUUUCCAUCAAAAAUCUAAAUAAGAAAUUUUGAAAUGUUAACGAAUUGUUGAAGAAUUCGAAUCGAAAGCUUCGGCACGCAUUCAAAUUUAAGGUGGCUAUAUUUGGCUGCUUCAAAAUGCUUGAUUGGAAUGACUGAGGCAAUGCUAUGGCGGAAGAAGAGGAUAGAAUUCUAUUAAGCAGUUUGGGCGUAACUUCCGCUGAUCCUAAGGAUGUUGAACGUGAAAUAUUGGCAGCGGCUACAAAUGAGGCUGAAAAUGGUAGUGAAGCUGGAAGGAGUACUGAGGAAGAAUUUCUUGACAAAUCUAAGGCAACUGAACUAUCAUCUACCAGCCAAGCAAAACUCUAUAGUAAAUUGAGGGCAUUAGAAGUUGAAAUAGAUGCUGUUGCAUAUACUGUUCAACAGGCAAGGAAUACUGAAAGAAAUAAAAAUCAUGUCUCGCAUGGUAAUGAUAACAGGGCACAAGGAGAUGCAGAGGAUGAUAAACAUGUUAUUCAGGCUUCUCCCAAUAAUUUAACCCUUCAGCAUGCCCUAGCUGCUGAUCGUCUAAGAAGCCUCAAGAAAACAAAAGCUCAACUUGAAAUAGAGCUUUCAGAUUGGCAAAAGGAAAAGCCUUCCAAGAUUGUUGAGCAUGACAAGGUGAUACAAAAUCUGGUUAAGGAAGAGGCAAGACCCAAGAAAAGGUUAAAAGAAAUUCCGAAAUCGGGCAAAGAUUUAAAGAAGCGAAAGAAAACAAUUUCAUUUGAUGAUGAUGUUGAUUUUGAUGCAGUCCUGGAUGCAGCUUCUGCAGGAUUUGUCGAAACAGAAAGAGACAAGUUGGUUAGAAAAGGGAUUUUAACUCCUUUCCAUAAGCUCAAAGGCUUUGAACGUCGUCUUCAACAACCAGGUCCAUCUAGUAGAGACAAUUUACCCGAGGAAGGAGAUAAGAUUGAUGAUCUUGCUUCUGCUAGUAUUGCCAGAGCUGUUCAGUCAAUAUCUGAAUCUGCACAAGCUCGCCCAACAACCAAGCUGCUUGAUUCGGAAACUCUGCCAAAGCUUGAUGCACCCUCUCAUCCUUUUCACAGGUUGAAAAAACCUCUGAAAUACCCUCUGCCCUUGGACAGUGAGGUGGAGAAGAAUGAAGAUAAAAAAAGGAAAAAGAAAAGGCCUUUACCUGGCAAGAAAUGGAGAAAGAUUAUUUCUCAUGAGGAAGAGCUUUUGGAAGAAAGUGAAGAUACAAGUGACAACUUGGUGACCUCCAGUAAUGAAGAAGUAAACCGAGAAGAUAUUGAAGAUGCAGAUGAUAAUGAACCCCCUUGUGUGACACUUGAAGGUGGUCUGAGAAUACCUGAAAGCAUUUUCAGCAAACUUUUUGAUUAUCAAAAGGUGGGGGUUCAGUGGCUGUGGGAACUGCAUUGCCAACAAGUAGGUGGAAUUAUUGGAGAUGAGAUGGGACUUGGCAAGACCAUCCAGGUAUUAUCUUUCCUUGGAGCAUUGCAUUUCAGUAAUAUGUAUAAACCAAGUAUUGUUAUCUGCCCUGUUACACUCUUGCGACAAUGGAAAAGGGAAGCCAAAAAAUGGUACCAAAGUUUUCAUGUGGAAAUACUGCAUGAUUCUGCUCAAGAUCCUGCUAGUAGAAAGAAACGAGCCAAAUCUUAUGAAAGUGAAGAUUCACUUGACAGUGAUGAUGAAGAAAAUUUAUCUUCUAAGGACACCAAAAAAUGGGAUUCCUUGAUAAACCGUGUUUUGAGGUCACAGAGUGGAUUACUUAUUACUACUUAUGAGCAAAUCCGGCUGCAGGCUGGAAAGCUACUUGAUAUCAAAUGGGGUUAUGCAAUUUUAGAUGAAGGACACCGAAUUCGGAAUCCAAAUGCUGAAGUUACCAUACUUUGUAAACAGUUACAGACUGUUCAUCGUAUAAUAAUGACUGGUGCGCCAAUUCAGAACAAGCUGGCUGAGCUGUGGUCUUUGUUUGAUUUUGUCUUCCCUGGGAAGUUGGGAGUGUUGCCUGUAUUUGAAGCAGAAUUUGCAGUUCCCAUAUCUGUUGGUGGCUAUGCCAAUGCUACUCCAUUACAAGUAUCCACCGCUUACAGGUGUGCAGUAGUCCUACGUGACUUGAUUAUGCCAUACCUCCUUCGACGUAUGAAAGCUGAUGUGAAUGCUCAGCUUCCAAACAAGACUGAACAUGUCCUCUUUUGCAGCCUUACCACAGAGCAGCGUUCUGUAUAUCGAGCAUUUCUUGCAAGUUCAGAGGUGGAACAGAUCUUUGAUGGUAGUAGAAAUUCUCUUUAUGGCAUUGAUGUGAUGCGUAAAAUAUGCAAUCACCCUGAUCUGCUUGAGCGAGAGCAUGCUUACCAGAAUCCAGAUUAUGGGAAUCCUGAACGCAGUGGAAAAAUGAAAGUUGUUGCCCAUGUGCUUAAGGGGUGGAAAGAACAGGGUCACCGCGUUCUUCUUUUUGCACAAACUCAACAAAUGCUUGAUAUUCUUGAGAAUUUCCUGAUUGCUGGUGGCUAUGUCUACAGGAGAAUGGAUGGUUUCACUCCCAUAAAACACAGAAUGGCAUUGAUUGACGAAUUUAAUGACUCUGAUGAUGUAUUCGUUUUCAUUCUCACUACAAAGGUUGGCGGUUUGGGGACAAAUCUUACUGGAGCCAACAGGGUAAUCAUUUAUGACCCUGAUUGGAACCCAUCAACUGAUAUGCAGGCUAGGGAGCGUGCUUGGCGCAUUGGUCAGACGCGGGAUGUAACGGUUUAUAGAUUGAUCACCCGUGGGACUAUAGAGGAGAAGGUAUAUCAACGACAGAUAUACAAACAUUUUCUCACCAAUAAAAUAUUGAAGAACCCACAACAGAAAAGGUUCUUUAAAGCUCGAGAUAUGAAGGAUCUCUUUGUUUUAAAUGAUGAUGGAGAGGAUGCAUCGACUGAAACAUCAAAUAUUUUCGGUCAGUUAUCUGAAGAUGUAAAUGUGGUUGGGAAGCAUAAAGAUAACCAGGAUAGGCAGAAAUCUAUUAUUCCAGUGUCGUCACAUGCAUGUGGUGCAGUCGAUGAAGGAAACAACUCAACAAUUGGAUCAUCCAGAAGUGGGGAGAAUGAAAAAGAUGAUCAGAGCGAUGAAAUGGACAAAGAAACAAAUAUUUUGAGGAGUCUUUUUGAUGCCCAUCGGUUACAUAGUGCCGUGAACCAUGAUGCAAUUAUGAAUGCCCAUGGUGAUGAGAAGAUGAGGCUUGAGGAGGAAGCUUCCCGAGUUGCAAAAAGAGCAUCGGAAGCAUUACGCCAGUCGCAAAUGCUUCGAAGCCGUGAAAGUAUAUCUGUCCCAACAUGGACUGGAAGGUCAGGAGCUGCAGGUGCCCCAUCAUCUGUUUCCCGGAAAUUUGGCUCAACUGUAAGCUCCCAGUUGAUUAAUAGAUCAAAAUCAUCAGAAGAAUCAUCCAGCAAUGGAAUGAGCAAGCCAAAUGGCAUUGCAGCCGGGGCUUCUGCUGGUAAGGCUUUAUCUUCAGCAGAAUUACUGGCUAGAAUUCGAGGGAACCAAGAAAGAGCAACUGAUGAUGGGCUUGAACAUCAGUUAGGCUCGAGUUCUGCAAAUAGAGCAAGAUCUACAGAUAGUGGGCCUUCUAGUUCUAGGUCAACUCACAACCUCUCAAGUGUGCAGCCUGAGGUAUUGAUUCGUAAAAUUUGUACAUUUAUACAGCAAAAAGGUGGAAGCACCAAUUCAGCCAGCAUAGUGCAGCAUUUUAAGGACAGGAUACCAUCGAAGGAUCUGCCGUUAUUUAAGAAUCUUUUAAAGGAAAUAGCCACCCUAGAGAAAGACCCAAAUGGAUCUUCUUGGGUGCUAAAGCCUGAGUAUCGAUUAUAGUAACCCCUUCAAUGCAAAUUAAUUUGCGAUUUUCUUCCCGCAUAUCAAGAAAUCAUCAUGGAGCUGUGGCAAUUUUACUAGAUGUUGCCAAAACUUCCAAACGGGUCAGUUUUUUGUCUUCUCAAAAUGUGUUUCCUUCAUUCUCUUAUAGACAAUUUUCUUCUACUGUGCUGUUGUUAACAGCACAUUUUUUUUUCUAUCAUAACAACACAGAAAAGAUUUCCUUUUCACUGUACAGAAUAAAGCUAAUUAGUUGCAGACGAUUUUACUCA